CUCGCGGCCGUGGAGGCUGAGGACACCGUGAACGAGCACAACCUCGGUCGACCGAUGGUCCCAGACGAAGAAGCUCUCCUGACGGCAGGAUGACUCCCCACCGAGACACCACGAGCUAACGGAAGCCAAACUCCACCCUGCUGGAUGUUAAUUUCACAAGUUGGGCUGUUAUGGUUGUUAGUUUUUCUUAAUUUUCCCUCGGACAACUCUUCCUUUGUGGUGGGGAUAAGCCGCUGAGAGACGGACAGGUGUCCUCCAACGUCAGCAGCCCUUCUCCCCUCUCCAUCCCCCCUGCUGUAGGCUUUAGCGGCGAGCACCGGGGCCGGGGGCUUCUCUACUUUUCCUUUAGCUACUUUGUUUUCCUAGUUUCCGAAGCUGGACUUUAGCGAGCCAUGCUGUGGAGAAGGUGGCUCGUCCUGCUGCUGUGCUGGGGGGCCACAAGCGGCGAGCAGCAGCAGCAGCAGCAGCAGCAGCAGCAGCCAGGUGGACGGGACAGAGCCCCGGAGGAGGUCCGACCGGGCUUCCACAGACAGCGGUCCCCGCCGCCCGUGGAGCCGCUGGAUUUCGGCUUCGUACCGGCGGCAGUGUACGACACACACGCUUACUAUGAGCCAGGGGCGAUAGGCAUCCUCUUCCAUAUGGUUCAUGCCUUUCUCUACGUUAUUCAGCCGAACCCUUUCCCCAAAGAGCUGAUCGUCAAAGUCAUUCAACAGAACAUGGGUGGAAUCAAAAUAGAACAAUGGAGAAAGCCAGAAAACGUGGUCCUGUUGCUGCAGGCGCUCUACUACGAGGCCGGCUUCAUCUCGUGUGCGACCAUUGGGAUCAUAUUCCUGGUGCUCAUGCCCCUGGUGGGAAUGUGUUUCUGCGUGUGCCGGUGCUGUGAGAACUGCGGCGGUGAGAUGCACCAGAGACAGAGGAAGAACGCCGACUGCCAGCGAGGCUUCUACACCGCCUCACUCAUCGCUACCUCCGUCUUCAUUACUGCUGGAGUCCUGAUCGCCUACACUGCCAACCACAAUGUCAGUGCCCAGAUCAAAAGCACCCGACGAUUCAUCAAUACAAACUUGAGAGACCUGAAGACAUUUGCUAACAACACACCUGCGCAAAUUGAAUAUUUGACAGCCCAGUACACCACAGCCAAGAACAAAGUCCUGUCAGAUCUAGACAAUAUCGGGCCUUUGCUGGGCGGCAGGAUCCACAGUCAGCUGGAGAAACAGGUGGUUCCCUCCCUGGACACGGCGCUGCGCAUGGCAGGAGCCAUGCGUGAGACCAAGGAGGCCCUGGAGAGCAUCACCUCCUCUCUGGAGGUCCUGCAGGAGGGGACGGGGAAGCUGCAGGCCCGCCUGGCCAGCGAGCGAGCCUCUCUGUCCAACACCCUGUCUGACCCCGCCUGCACCAACGGAGCUGUGUCUCACACCUGCAACACCAUCCGGGCCACGCUGCCCCAGCUGGGAAUCAACGCUGACUUCUCCAAGCUCCCAGAUGUCAGUCAGCCCUUGGUUAUAAUCGAAACAGUGCUGAAAACAGACCUGAGCAACAUUGUACAGAAGGGUUAUUCGUCCUUUAAUGACACGCCAAAGCUUGUCAGAGAGCAGACGAAAAACAUUGUUUCAGCUCUGCCUCGAGUGAAAAGCAUGCUGGAUAAGAUCAGUGGUGAGAUCAUGGGCUUCUCUAAAAUGUUCCCAGUGGAGGCCUCUCUGGCCAACUUCACUAUUUUCCUCGGCCAGCAACAGAAGGCCAUCGAGUCCUUCUACCCACAGAUAGACCAAAUGGACUUCUACAGGUGGAUCGGCUGUGUGGGCGUGCUGUGCAUGGUCGUCCUGAUCCUGGCCUUCAACAUCCUGGGUCUGCUGUGCGGCUCCUGUGGCUAUGACAAGCAGGCCACGCCCACCACCCGCGGCUGCCUAUCAAACACCGGUGGCAACCUGCUCAUGGCUGGGGUGGGCUUCACUUUUAUCUUCGCCUGGGUGCUGAUGGCCAUAGUGACCGCCUUGUUUGUGGCCGGUGGCAACGUGGAGAAGCUGGUGUGUGAACCGCUGGCUAACCGACAGCUAUUCAAGAUCAUAGACACCCCGUACAUGGUUCAUCCCGCCAAGAAGAACUUCCUCCCAGGAAUGCUGUUCCAAAACCCGAACAUUGACUUGACUUUGGGAAGCAUGUACAGGGAGUGCUACGAGAAUAAUGGCUUGUAUCACGCUCUGCAGCUGGAAACCAUGUUCAACAUCAACUCCUUCCUCAACAGAACUGUGUAUAACAGGGACCUGGCCAACGUGUUAGAGAGUGUGAAGGUGGACCUGCAGGACAUCACGCUGCUGGAGCAGGAAGGAAGAGACAGCCUCAUCAACUUUGCCAACUCUGGAGUCGGAGACAUCGAUUAUGAAGCCUUUCUCGCUGAGGUUAAUAAAGGAGUCACUCUAGUGGAUCUCCUGUCCUUCUCCAGUGACCUGGAGGCGCAGGCUGACCAGCUGCCCCGUGGUGCACUGGAGAAUGCACUUAAAGGACAUGCCAGCAGUAUCAGGCAGAUUCACAAAGAGCAGGUGGUUCCCUUGGAGCAAGCUAUGAAAUAUGUCAGAGCGCGGAGUACACUGAACCAAAGUAUCCGACUACUGCAGAGAACAGCCGGUGACCUACCGGUCAAGGUGACUAACGUCCUGAGUGCCAUCGAUGCAGCAGAAUACCUCAUCACUCAUAACGCCUCACAUGUGGUUAAGCAGGAAACAAAUGGCUACACCCAGAGCUUGGUGGGUUACUUCAGACAAUACACAGACUGGGUUAAAAACUCUCUGACUGCAGAGGUGGCUCAGUGUAAACCCAUCAGCAACAUUGUGGACAGCAUGGAGAUCGUCGCAUGCAGCUUCAUAGUUGAUUCAGUGAACACAUUCUGGUUUGGUCUGGGUGGAUGCUGUAUCUUUCUGAUCCCCAGCAUCAUUUUCUCUGUCAAACUGGCCAAAUACUACAGGAGAAUGGACACAGAGGAUGUCUUCGACGAUGGACAAGAGAACUGGAACUGACCUUGCCCUCAUGGAUCUUCAGAAUAUCCAGCUUUUCUACUCAGAUCUCAAAACGAUGAUAAAGUACAGAAGAAAUAAACGAAGAACUUUGUUAACGAGGAGGUUCCUUAUCUUCACUGCCACGCCUCUCCCCAGUAUCCCCUCAAGGGCCUCUGAUACCAGCCAAUUAUAACAGAUCAAGUGUUCUCUCAUAAAUCACAUCUUUGUCACAACAGUAGCCCAAAAUUCCUCAUAGACUUUCAUAUCACUUGCCAGAGCAUUAUUUUCAAUGUAGCUAGCUUUACCUUUAGAGAAUACAUUUCUUUCUACUUAAUGGCUCAUUAUCAGAUCACCAUGGUGACAAGAGUGUACAUUUUUUAUGCUUUCAAAACUUUUGAAAGUUUUAUACAAUUUUGUUAAUGUUUGUUUUAUAACUAUGUCAGUAGCUCUUUUCUUUAUUCUAUCUGUGGAUUUCUUGAAAUGUAGCUUAGGCGCCAUUUUGGCUCGAAACGCACCAGUAACCUUGACCAGAUCGAUUUCACACUUGGAACAAGGAAACUGGUUGUUCAGUUUGGCUCCUCUAUCACUAUUUAUAUCAAAAGCAUAAAGCCCCAAUUUCAGAGACAUGGUUUGAGUCAAUUUGUCCUGGUCCAUGUUACUGAAAGAGACAAAGUCCUAUUUGCUAUGCAUAACAACCACACACACCCAUACACACACACACACACACACACAUGCGAGCGCACACAUUUUCCCAAUGAGGUUUUGUGACAGCAAAUAAACAAGAUACUGUAUCUUAGAGUUUUUCACCACACUAUUAGUGAUGGCCUAGGUGCUUGUGUUGUCAGAGGUGUUUUGCCACACUGUGGUUUGGGACAUAAAACUCCCAGAAGCCUCAGCACUGUCAGAGGCCGGGCUGCAGAGAGCGAAAAGCCCAUCUGGAGUUUGUGGUGAGGGUGUGAAACUGUGAAUAAAGAUUUCAGUCCAGUAAA